AUGGCUCAUUUGGUUUUCUUUGUUUUGCUGUUUGCUGGGCAACUGACUGGUGGAUUCAGUACCCAAAGGUUGCCACCAUCAAACAAUGGAAAGAUGAUAACUAUUCUAGGCAUUGAUGGUGGUGGUAUCAGGGGGAUUCUUCCUGCAACAGUUCUUGAUUACCUAGAUAAGGCUCUUAAGCUAAGGAAUCCAAAUGCAGAUUUAGCACAUUAUUUUGAUGUGAUAGGAGGAACUAGCACUGGUGGACUCAUAACAGCUAUGUUAGCCACCCCAAGUCCUCAUGAUCCCACUCGUGCUGCCUUUACUCCUGCACAAAUUGUAGACUUCUACAAACAAUAUGGCCCUCAUAUAUUCAAUUUAUCUAGACCUGGAAAAGGUUCCCAAUUCGAUGGAGAGUUUUUACAUAACAUAACUCGUCAAGUGUUGAAGGAUACACGACUUAAUCAAACAUUGACCAAUGUUGUCAUCCCAACUUUCGACAUCAAGACACAAAAGCCGGUUAUAUUCUCAAACUAUAAGCUUGAGGAUGCUCCGUACUUAAAUGCGUUGUUGUCGGAUAUAGCCAUAUCGACUUCAGCUGCACCGACUCAACUACCACCUUACUAUUUUGUGAACGAUGGCGUUGAGUUCAAUAUGGUUGAUGGUGGUUUUGUAGCUGGGAAUCCGACACAACCAACAAUAAGUGAAGUGCUACAACACAAUGAAUAUCAGAAAAUCUUGGUGUUGUCUGUGGGAACUGGAACAGAAAAAAUUACGGAGACCUAUGAUGCUCAGACGGCUGCCACUUGGUCAGCCCUCAACUGGUUAGGUCCUGCAAUUGGUUUUCUUGGUAGUGCUCCUACUGCAUGGACUGAAUACUACCUUGAAUCACUCUUCGUAGGCUCCCAACCUGGCGAUAUAUACCUUCGAAUUGAGGAAUACGACUUGAAUCAUGAUUUCUCCAACCAAGUUAAUGCCUCACAAGAAUGUAUGAACGGCCUUGAAGAGACCGGAAAACAAUUGUUACAAGAAAAUGUUGUAAAGUUGAAUUUGGAUACUUUUGAUCUUGAAAAACUGCAGCUGAAAAAUGCUGAGGCUCUUGACAGGAUUGCUGAUAUUUUGGUUGGAGAGAGACAACGUCGUCUGAAACGGAAAACUAUCGAAAAGAGAGGAAGACCACUUCUUGAAUCUCUAAGGGUUUUUUCUGACAAAACUCAAGCAAGUGCGGAACUCCUAAAGAACCUUUUUAUUUAAUGUCAAUUGUAUGAUCUUGUAAUAACUCGUUGUACUAUCUAGAAUAAGCAAGGCAUGUGAGUUAUAUGUAACUCUUGUAGCUGCCAAGCAUCUCUGUUUAAGAAAAAGUUCACACUCCAUGAGAGUUCUAUGCAGCUCUUAUUGAAAGAACUGUGAAUGUAAUAAGUGUCAUUGUAUAAUUAAUG